CGAUACAGUAUCUAGUACGUCUAAAUCACACAACCGUAGAUUUUCAUUGUGUGUGUAUUAUUUUCAUAAAUAUAGAGUGUUUGUAGGCCGAUAACAUAAUUUACAGGUUACAAACCGGAAUUUAAUAUAACUAAUUAUCACGAUGUCGCUCGAUCCAAUCAUGGUACGCCACAAACGUCUUUUAACGGACAUAUCGGAUUCUAUGGUUUGUGACAGUGAAGAAUAUUCUAACUUUGUAGAACAUAUGAAAGGUUAUGUUCCACGCGGAUUACUGCACUCUAGAAAGAAUUUACUUGGUAAGUUUGACGCUUUGGCAAGUAAAGGACAUCUUAAGCCUGGCAAGUACGAUGUACUCAAGAAAAUAGCAAUGGAUAGUGGAAAUAUUGACAUAGUUGGUAUGAUAGAAGCAACGGAGAAGGAUAACUAUCUAGAACUGGUAAAACAGGGUGGCUUAGAGUUGGACCAGCCCGCUAUAAGACAUAGACUACUUUUAACGAAUAUUUCAGACAUGUUCGAUACUGCAAGUCAGGAAUAUCUGAAUUUUGUAGAACAUAUGAAAGGCUAUGUUCCUCGAGGCCUACUUGCCAGUAGAAAAAGUCUGCUUGGUCAGUUUGAUGCUUUAGCUUCCAGAGGUCAUCUAGGUCCAGGGAAUUACGACGUUCUGAAGAAGAUAAGCCGAAACAGUGGCAAUAUGGACAUCAUUGAUUUAAUAGAACAAGCAGAAACAGAUUUACAGAUGUUGAAAUUCAAGGAAAAAGAAAAAAAAACGUUUGUUUCACCCAUUGAUGAUUUUGGCGGUAUCAAGAAUGACUUAUCAAAUGCUAUACUUUCAAAUGCUAUACAAGUCGCGGGAAAGAAAGCAACAGAGGCUGGCAGUUCAAAAACAAUUGAGGAUAUUGAAAGUAUAGUAAAGCAGACACAAUCGGUUCUUAAAGAUUAUCAGGAUGACAAAUCAGAUGAUGUUGGAAAUCACCCAGAAGUAAACGAGUUAUUUAUUGAGUUGCGAAAACAAAAGUACUUGUCGGCGGAAAAAGCUCCUUUGCCUGACAAUGACGAUUCAGGCAUAGGCUCGUUUUCUGAAACGUCAUCUAGGGGAACCAAACGUACAGCUAGUGUUUGUUCAUCUGAAGACACUGGUGCAGACAUGUCUGGGAAUCGUGAGAAACGGAGAAAACAUGAUAUCUCUCCUUUGCCAGAGCUGGUAGAUCAACAACACCUCAACAGCAUGUGGGCACAAUCAAGAAAAAUUGGAAAAGACAAAACAAAGGUCUUUUACAUUUGCAAUAAUAUCUGCAGUUAUAUCAAAAGCAAAUAUUCUGGAAAUGUUCUACACGUAUGGCCAGCAUAUGAUUCUGCAAACCUUGAUGAUGUAGUGUUUGUGUUAAUAACUAAAGAUGGUACGGAAUAUGGUUUGGAAUAUUCAGCCGUCAUUCGACCAGUCAACACUUUUAGCAAAGAAGCAAGUGUAGUGAUGGAAAGUGAAGAGAUUAGCGAAUGCAAGCUUUCUUUCGAAGAUUCAGAAAAAAUAAAACACGUAAUUAACAAUCGGGCAGAGGAACUAAUGAAGAAUCACAAGAAUCUUUCAGCCAUUUCUGGAAAUGGAAUCCGGUCAAAAGGAUUCAGUCACGGAGAACAUGAGCUAAUCCGGGAGACAUGCAUUGUUCUGUAUGUCCAUACGAAAGGAAAAAUACCAUUAGAUGAAACUGAGUUUCCGAAAUUAUUAGAUGGCAUACCGGUAGAUGUGAGGGAAGGCGAAUUCCAAAAUUGCGCGUUAGCUACUGAAUACCAAGAAACAGCACGAAUGGGUUGUCAAAUAAAAUCAGGAAAAAGUGGCACUCUCGGCGGAUUUGUGGACCACCCAGAAUAUGGACUAUGUGCAAUCACAUGUGCUCAUGUCGUAUUAAAUGAUACAGAGAUCCAUGACCUACAAAGAGAUGGCAGCAAUACCUGGAGAAACAAUGAGAAGCUUGUUUUUCAGCCAGACGAUACAAACAUACAAAGCCAUUAUUUUGGACAAGUGAAAGAAGCUAGAUAUAAUUCUGGCGGAAGUGGCAAAUCUGGCGUGGACCUUGCCAUCUUACAGAUCGAACGUAGACCUCCUGAUAGUGGAAACUUUCCAGAUGUAAACAACGCUCCAACAGAUAUGGUUUUUGAAUCUGGGAAGUCAUGUUCUUCACUGAAUGAAAAUAACAACCGCGUUAUGAAAUUUGGACGGACAACCAACAAAACGGAAGGGUUUGUUCAGUUUUCCAAUGCCGCUGUCAAACUAAUCGAUCAUGUCCACAGGUAUACAAUUCCUUGGGGCGGCGACUUCUCGUACCGAUUAUUUAAUCAGUUUGAAAUCAGAGCACUAACCGGAAGUUUUGUCAAAAAGGGCGAUUCAGGAUCGCUUGUUUUCAAAAAAGAUGUUACAGGGGAGCUGUUAUGUGUGGGAAUGGUAGUCGGCAUGCUUGAGCCAAGCGGUAAUGGUAUUGUUGUUCCAAUUUCAGCUGUAUUGUCUGAACUCGGAGUUAAGGAGUUUAAAGAUUUUAGGUGGAAAAGGCUGGACAGAAUUGAAAAACUUGUAAAAAGUAUUGAUAAACGUCUUACUGAUAUUGCAAGGAACCAACGAAAGUAAAAUCCAUUUCUUCGUAAAAGGCUUUCCUUUAACUCCAUAACGCUAUGUUUUAAGUAGCUCUGUCAUUUGCGAGUCCCUUCCAGUAUUGUCCAAUUACAUAGUUUACAGAUACAAAAGUACAUGAGGACGUAGUCUUGAAUAGAAAAAAGAGAGAAAAAAUGAUAAUUAUUACUGCUUUUACGUAUUUGCCAUGUAUAUAUUUUUGCGUUUGUCUGAACUAUGCCAACUUCUGUUUCAUAUGUGACUUUUGGAGCGUGGCUUUUAUUGUUAAAUAUCCAUCCUUGCUUUUCUCCACUUUCCCCAACACUCCCUACCUUUAUCUUACCCUUACCCAUUUUUGUAUUUUGCAUAUAAUUAAAAUGUACUUUAAUUUUGAUGCAACCCGUCUGCUAUAUUUCCGUUUUACAGUUUAUCUUCCGUCGCGGGUCUACUUUGCGAUGCAUGGCUCUAUGGUUGUGUUUGGGGUGCUCUGUGCUUCCGGGAAAUCUACCUUUACCUUAUCUAUUUUGCUUAUCUUACACUAUUUUUCAUCUUCAAAGGUUUACUUUAAAUCCUUUAUAUAUAACCUUACUGGAUGACUGGAUGUACUAUAGCUAAAGCAAUUCAACUUCAGAGAUGGUAUAUGCUGUUUUGAAUCUGCGACCAUCAGACUAUAAAAUAACGUCUGUUAAGUUUUGGUAGCCAUAACUAGAUGUACUAUUAAAAUUAUUUAAUAUGUAUAUUUUAUUAUGAAAAAAAACCCAUAUCUUUUUUUCACAUUUUCAACUGUAGUAUGAAUCAUCAUAUAGCUUGGAUGAGCAUUAACUGUAAAUGCAAUAGCGCGCAACGAAAGCACUCUGGAUUUAGAGAGACAUACUGGUACACGAUGUUUCGUUAUGUGGCGAUGUAAGUUUCGUUUUGUCGCGUCAGGGCGCGCCUAAAACGUCACAAAAACUUUCAAAAUUUCGUUAUGGCGCAUUUGCGCGCACGCCAAAACGACACAAUGAAAUGUGUUUCAAAAGCCGCGCGCAAGAAAACGAAACAUAAUGAAAUGUAAUAAAUCAGCCACGAUAAAAUAUCCGUAGGCAUUACCGAGCACAACCAAAUAAAAUAUAGCAGACCCUGUCUGUUCACGUGAAGUAAUGAAACAUACGACACCCCUGAUGCCCCUAAGAGCCAUGCACGUAGUUUUUAUUAAGUGAAAAAUUCAGAUUUCAUUUUUGAAGUUAUUCAUGUAAUGCUUUUAGUAUAAAUGUUAAAGAAACUGAUAA